GUACUAUAAAUGUUCCUGAACCUUAUUAUCAUUUCACAACAUUUUGAAAUCCAAACACUAUCUCUUCCUCUUCCACAAUUUUUACUAACACUCCUUCUACCUCAGCUCUCAGAAACAUCAAUGACAAUGAAGAAAGUUGUGUUGAAGGUGGAAAUGCAUGAAGACAAAAUCAAGACAAAAGCCAUGAAGGCUGUCUCUGGCAUUUCAGGGGUUGAGUCAGUUUCUGUGGACAUGAAAGACAAGAAAUUGACCUUAACUGGGGACAUCGAUCCAGUUCAAGUAGUAGCCAAGCUAAGGAAGCUUUGUCGCACAGAAAUAGUUUCUGUUGGACCAGCAAAAGAGGAAAAGAAGGAAGAUCCUAAGAAAGAUGAUAAAAAGAAGGAAGAUCAGAAGAAAGAUUCAACAAAAGACAAUGUGAUAGAUCCACUCAAGUUCUACCCAACCUGUGCCUAUUAUUAUCAGAUGAAACCACAAUACAAUCCUUAUUACAGUGCCAUAUGUGUGGAAGAGGAUCCUAAUAGCUGUGUCAUCAGCUAAAUUUUUUUAUUACUGAGUGCAUUUAAUUCAGAAAAAUAAUCGAAAAAAUUAUGUAUUUUUUCUCCCUUUCUCCGUUUGUUUUUUAUGAUUUAUAAUGAGGGAUAGUGUGGCCAAACCAGUAAGAGUAUUAUGGAGUACAGGAUUAGAUUUUGUUGGUUUUAAACGUAAAUUAAAAUUUAUGCUGAACAUUGAUGUCUUAUUCAUAUGUCACAACUAUGAAAAAUUCGGCGAUCGAGUAAAUUUAA